AUGCCUCUCCCCAUCGUUCACAUCAACGGCUUCCCGGGCAUUGGUAAGCUUACCAUUACCCGCAAGCUCGUCACCCUACUUGCGCCUUACAACGGCAAACUCGUCCAUAACCACCUGCUCAUCGACCCAGCCUGUGCCGUCCUGCCACGCUCUAGCUCUGACUACCAGCCCUUACGGCGCGCCAUCCGGGACGCCAUCUUCAACACCCUGGCAGUUUCCCGUGACACUUUCGACUCCGUCUUCGUCUUCACCGACUUCCAGUCUGACGACGACGUCGGUCGCGCUGUAAUGGCCGAGUACCGCGCCAUGGCGGCUCGCCGAGGUUGCACCUUUGUCCCCGUCACCCUCACGUGCGGUAAGGAGGAGAACCUACGCCGACUGACCUCCUCUGAGCGGGCUUUGCACGGCAAGCUGACGGAUGCGGAGCUGGUGUCGCACAUCCGUGACAACGCUGUGAUACACCAGUCACCAAGGACCCCUUUCAGGUAG